CACAGACAUUGCGAUAUUCUCUCUUGCAAACUGAUUCCCCUUUUUUAUUUUCAGAGAGCUUGGUUAUUCUAAUGACAAAGCAAAUAGUCUAUUCCAUGACAGACACACACACACAAAAGAUAUUCAGGGAGGGGCGUGUGCUAUAUCAGUACAUUAUAGAAGUUGCUCUGUUCCAAGACAAGAACAGAGCAGUGGAGCACUUAACCAACAUAAAAAUGGACUCUGAAAAUCAAUUCUUCUCCAUGCAACAGUUUACACAAACCGUGGAUUAUGAUUAUAAUGACCCAUUUGGAGGAACCGGGUUGCCUAAAAUCGAGCCCUUCCAAAUAGUGACCCUGGUCUGCUACGGGCUUGUGUUUAUCCUGGGCGUUCCCGGUAAUGCUCUGGUGGUGUGGGUGACGGGGUUCGGCAUGUCUCGCACCGUCACUUCCAUCUGGUUCCUCAACCUCUCCCUGGCCGAUCUUCUGUGCUGCCUCUUCCUCCCAAUCCUAAUGGUGCCAUUGGCCCACGACGACCACUGGCACUUUGGCCCCAUCGCCUGCACGCUGUUCAAGAGUCUGUUCUACCUGGUGAUGCACUGCAGCGUUCUGCUGCUGGUCCUGAUCAGUGUGGACCGCUAUAUGCUGGUGAGCUGGCCCGUCUGGUGCCAGAACAACAGGCGCCCUGGGAUGGCGGUCUGGGCCUGUGGGGGAGCCUGGGUCCUGGCGCUGUUGGCUACCAUUCCAGAGCUGCUCUUCACCAGGGAGGAGGCUUUGGGCAAAGAGAAGAAGGAGUGCUUGGGAAAGCGUUCUCAGGUCAACUCCCAGAUCAUCAUCGGUUUCCGUUUUGUUUUUGGAUUCCUGCUUGCUUUCGUGGCCAUCGUGUUAAGCCAUGUUGUGGUUUACAUAAAAGCCAGUUCGUUGUCCGGAUCUAUCCGCUCCAAACGCACCCUGAAGGUCAUCAUCGCUGUUUCCACCAGUUUUUUCUUUUGCUGGCUGCCGCUGCACAUUACGGACAUUCUGAUAACUUUACACAGUCGAUCUUCUCUGCACCGGCCGAACAUAAACAAAGCACACUCUCUUGCUCUCUGCCUGGCAUAUUUCAACAGCUGCCUCAACCCAAUUCUCUAUGUGUGUUUGGGUCGCGACUUCAGGUCCAGCAUGAAUCGAACCCUUCGCAGCCACUUCAACUUCAUCAGAGAAGAACCCACGUGCCGUGAGACCAGUGCCACUGUCAACUCCAGUGGCACGGCGACUGCAGAGAUGACUAGUGUCUGAUGGAGUAAACCUAACUUAGUAGCCGAUGAAGUAGCACCAGUGGCGGCUGGUGAUCCAAAAUGUUGGUGGGGCACAGUAUUAGACAGGGGGUCUGGGGUCCCCCCCCCCCCCCCAUAAAAAACUAAAACAUUGAAUUUAAUAGAUUUGAUUUCCUGUAUUCUGGUUCAUUUUGGGGAUGGCCACUACCUAUUACCUACCAUUCAUUCAGAUUCAUAGCCUACAUCCUGACUUGCAGUGCCUGGAUAAGCUUACACUGCAUAAUGCAGACCUACUUUAUGGCCAUUCCACCAGCCAUUGCUAUUUGACCCGUUGUUGUUAUUCUGAUAUUGAGACAAAUCAUGAUCACUGUCCUAUAGCUGUUUGGGAGUCUCAAUGUCUACUUCAAAUGCAGUUAGAAAUAUUGGACAGUAAAUUCUGUUUAUAUGCUACAGGCCAAAAGACUAAAUUAAUAUGUAACUUACUUGCUCCUUUUAAGUAUAACAUUGCUUGGGGAGUCCAAUUCCGCUACCGAAAUGGGUGGAAAGUGCUUACAACUCUCUGCUAGUUAGCGAUCUAUCUCUUCUCUACAUGUAUUUGUGUUGCGUUAAUGCUGCCGAGGGAGGUAGCCUUUUUGAUUGAUUAGCUGAAUUGUCCAAUCAUGUGGUGAUAAUAAAAAAAGAAAAGCGAUGCCAUUGGCCUGAUUCGCACACUGGUGCGACCCGAGGGCGAAUUUUCCAAGUGCCCUCAACUGCAGCUCGCAGAUCGAGGAGGGGCUUAAAUGUUCCCUAAAUGUGGGCUAGUCUAAACGUUUAACGGUUUCACCCCCGCGGGCGCCAUCUGGUGGCGGAGAUCCGGCAGCACAUUCUCAAACGUCAAUACAGCACAGCACAAUGACUUAAUAUGGAUAAAGGUUCAUGCAUUUCAUAGACUUAGACAUUCCUACUUUUAACUUGUCAAAUGUCUUUUUUUUCCCAGGAAAUAAAUAAAUAUAUAUAUAUUAGAGCUGUCAGUUAAACGCGUUAUUAACGGCGUUAACGCAAACCAAAUUUAACGGCGUUAAUUUUUUUAUCGCGCGAUUAACGCAAUUAUUUUAUAAAAAAAAAAAAAAAAAGUUUUUUUUUCUUUUGGCUCAAAACAAAGAAGCAAUUGCCUGACUGCUAUGUUCAAAUUACAUUUGUUCAAAGCAGUCGUUUAAUUGCACUAUAGGCUCUUUUUUUGUAUCGUCCUGUUUUGAUCAGUGUAUAUGCCAAUGUUGUUAUCAAUAAAAAAUCAUUUGCACAAGGCAAGCCGAUGCACUUCACCAUGUUGAUAAGAGAAUUAAAAUGAGAAGAAUUAUGGGACAAAAAAAUCAAGGGAUAUUUAGCAUAGAAAAAUAAUUAAUUAAUUAGAGAUUAAUUAGAGUUAACUAUGACAUUAAUGCGAUUAAUCACGAUUAAAUAUUUUAAUCGCUUGACAGCUCUAAUAUAUAUAUAU